UAAUGCUACUAUAGUUCGCCUAUAAAACCUGCUAAUAUUAUAAUCCUUUUCUUUAUGGAAGCUUUACAAAGCAACAAAAAUAAAAAAAAAAAAAAAAACAAACAUGCCUAUCGAAUGUCUAGUUUUGGGGGCAGGACAGGAGGUGGGAAAGAGCUGUGUGGUGGUGACUAUAAAUGGAAAGAAGAUAAUGUUUGAUUGCGGGAUGCAUUUAGGAUACGUCGAUCAUCGCAGAUACCCGGAUUUCUCUCUUAUCUCUAAGACUGGAGACUUCACCAAUGCUCUUUCAUGCAUCAUCAUCACACAUUACCACCAAGACCAUAUCGGAGCUCUUCCAUAUUUUACUGAAGUUUGUGGGUACAAUGGCCCCAUAUACAUGACGUAUCCAACAAAAGCGUUGGCCCCAUUGUUGCUGGAAGAUAAUCGCAAAGUGAUGGUUGAUAGAAGGGGAGAGAAAGAGCUAUUUAGUUCUGAGAAUAUUGCGGAAUGCAUGAAAAAAGUUAUUGCAGUGGAUCUGAAGCAGACUGUGUUGGUUGAUAGAGACCUUCAAAUUCGAGCAUACUAUGCUGGACAUGUUCUUGGUGCUGCAAUGUUUUAUGCUAAAGUGGGCGAUGCUGCUAUAGUAUACACUGGAGAUUAUAAUAUGAUGCCUGAGAGACAUCUUGGAGCUGCUCAAAUUGACCGGCUGCAGCUGGACCUUGUCAUAACGGAGUCAACUUAUGCAGCCACCCUCCGUGAUUCCAAAUUUGCUCGGGAGAGGGAGUUUCUCAAAGCAGUUCAUAAAUGUGUUGCUAGCGGAGGAAAGGUGCUCAUCCCUACAUUUGGUCUUGGAAGACCUCAGGAGCUCUGUAUGCUACUGGAGGACUAUUGGGAGCGGAUGAAUCUUAAAGUUCCUAUUUAUUUUUCCGCAGGUUUGACUAUUCAAGCUAAUAUGUACUAUAAAGUUCUCAUAAACUGGACUAGCCAAAAGGUGAAAAGUACUUCGACAACACGCAAUGCAUUUGACUUCAAACAUGUCCACAGUUUUGAUCGUUCCAUGAUAAAUGCUCCUGGACCUUGUGUUUUAUUUGCUACUCCGGGCAUGCUAAAUGGGGGAUUUUCACUUGAAGUUUUCAAGCAAUGGGCUCCGUACGAACAGAAUCUGAUAAUACUUCCAGGAUAUUGUGGGGUUGGGACAGUAGGACACGGGUUGAUGUCAGCUAAAACUCCUACCAAAGUAAAAGUUGAUGAAAGCACCCAGAUUGAUGUGCGCUGCCAGAUCCAUCAGAUGUCUUUUAGUGCACAUACUGAUAAAAAGGGAAUCAUGGAUCUGGUCAAAUUUCUAUCACCCAAACAUGUAAUACUUGUACAUGGUGAAAAGCCGAAGAUGGCAUCUCUCAAAGAGAGCAUUGAAUCAGAUUUUGGGAUCCCAUGCUAUUAUCCUGCAAAUAACGAGACUGUGCGCAUUCCCUCGACUCACUGUAUUAAAGCUGAUGCAUCCAAAGAAUUUCUCAAGAGUUCUUUGAGUCCAAAUUUCAAGUUUCUACAAGCAACUUCAAGAGCAGACACUGAUUUCAUUCUUAAUGAGAGAACUGAGCCUCUUGUACGAGUAUGUGAUGACAGAGUAGCUGAAGGGGCAAUCAUCUUGCAGAAAGACGGCCAGCACUCAAAAAUUGUGCACCAGAAUGAACUAAUGGUCAUGGUAGGAGGAGAAAAUCAUGAAGUUCAGUUUGCUCACUGUUGUCCGGUGCGUGUCUCUAAUGAGCUUAAAGAUGUGGCUCUGUCACCAGGAGAAAACAUGCCUCCUGUGCUUGAUAAACAGUCAUUGCUGCAUUUAUUAUACACAAAACUCUCAAAUGAUUUACAAGAUUUAACCAUUCAGAAUGAUGGAGACCGUCUCCAGAUAGAGUCGUUUAUUGUCUCUGUUUGCCUGAAGGAGAAGUGUCCGCAUAGAAUACAUGUUAAUCCUGAUAGCACAUCUGGAGCAGUAAACUUUUGCUGCGUUUGGUCAAUGGGAGAAGAGAAACUUGCUUGGAGGGUCAUCUCAACCAUGAAGAAUUUGGAGUUGAAGUCUGGUUAAGUUUCACUGCUUGCCACUUGGUUGUAGCAUUCUAGCACUUCAAGAUUAACUAUAGUGUAGGUUGAUAAAAUUAAUUACUGUAUAUCUUCUAAGAUUCUACUAAUAUUAUUCCUUUUAACUGCACUGUUUAUUAUGUCAAGUUCUAUUUGACAGAAUUUCUGUCAUUAGUCUGACAGUGCAUCUUUUAUGGCGUCACUUUUCUGUUUAUUGGUGGCAUAGUCUGUUUGUUUGAAACUGAAACUUUUAACAUAUUUGGAGUUUCUGAUC